CGCAUUUCAAUUUACAUGUAGGACUGUUCUGAACAUAGCAAGCUAGCUAGCAGGCUUUAGGGAAGCGCGGCGUAUCAUCGGGAAGGAGGAUUCGUAUAGAUAUUGUUCUUCAAAAUGAGAAUUCUACCGAAACUGCUUUUGCUAGUAUUACUAGCUUUCCCGGUAACAAUUUUCAUGAAAGGUCCAGUUGUGGCAGCCCAGGAUGCUACUGAGGAUGAGGAGGCAGCAGAUGAAGACACUGUUGAUGACGUUGAUGUGAACGCUGAGGAUGAAGAUGAUGAGGCCGAAGUUGAAGAUGAUGAAAACACAGAAUUGACUGAAGAAAAAGAGGAAGAGGAAGAGGAAGCAGUUGGAGGAGAGGCAAAAGCUUCCCCCAAUGCUGACACGACCAUCCUCUUCGUCAAGGGAGACGGUAGGGACUUCCCGGCCAACGACAUUGUCAAGUUCCUGAUGGGCUUCACCAACAAGGGCAGCGACAACUUCAUCGUGGAGUCGCUGGACGCCUCCUUCCGCUACCCUCAGGACUUCCAGUUCUACAUCCAGAACUUCACGGCCCUGCAGCUGGGCACGGUGGUCCACCCCGGGCGCCAGGCCACCUUCGAGUAUUCCUUCAUCCCGGCCGAGCCCAUGGGAGGAAGGCCCUUCGGCCUGGUCAUCAACAUCAACUACAAGGACAGCAACGGCAACGUAUUCCAGGAUGCUGUGUUCAACCAGACAGUGACCAUCACCGAGAGAGAGGAUGGUCUGGAUGGAGAGACGAUCUUCAUGUAUGUGUUCCUGUCUGGUCUGGGUCUGCUGGUGGUGGUUGGCCUUCAUCAGCUGCUGGAGUCCAGAAAGAGGAGACGGCCAGCUGCCAAGGUGGAGAUGGGAACGUCUAACCACAAUGACGUGGAUAUGAGUUGGAUUCCCCAGGAGACCCUCAAUCAGAUCAUGCAAAGUCGGCGAGACAAGGCCUCCCCUAGGCGAUCUCCACGCAAGCGGACACAAAAGCGCUCUGCUGGUUCCGACGAGUGAUUGGGGGGCGGCCCCCCGCUCAGUUGUAGUCGCGCUUGGCACCUGACGCGGCCAUACCGCCCAGAACCAACCUUGCCAGGUGUGGAGAUGGAACACUCAACAGCCUUCUCUCCAGCACAGAGCCAAGUGCCAUCCUCUUUACAAGAGACUGGCUUCUACCACUAGACAAUAACAAAACAAAAAAAACGGUCCCAUAAUUUUUUUUAUUUGGUUCUGCCUUGGGGGGGGGGGGGGUGGUUAUUCUCGCAGAGGUGUCGUGAUAAAACAUUAAAUUCAUUUUGAGUAGGUUUCUGUAAAGAUGUC